CGCAACUUAAUUUGCUGGUCAAUGUCAAGGUCCUCAUUGCAAUAGUGGAGCUCUAGUUGAUAGGCUAUGGUGUCAUCCAUGAGCGACCCGAACUGCGUGGAGCCGGCGUGCGCCGACAAGAUGGGCUUCUUCAAGAGCUCCAUGGGCAAGAAGACCAAAAAGACUGCUGCACAGCCCAAGCCAGCCACCGACUGCCCACUCGAUCGUCAGGAACUGGGUAAAUCCACUUGGGGGCUGCUGCAUUCGAUGGGCAUUUACUACCCGGAUAAGCCGUCACCCGAGUACCAAGCAAAGGCUAAGACGUUCGUGGAGGCUCUAGCGCUCAUGUACCCGUGCGUGCAUUGCGCCGAAGAUUUCCAAAAGGAGAUUGCCAAGUCUCCGCCACGUGUGGAGUCGCGCACGACGUUCUCGAUAUGGCUAUGCGAGCAGCACAACAUUGUGAACCGCAAGAUCCACAAGCCUGUAUUCGAGUGCACAAUGGAAAAGCUGGAAGAGCGAUGGCGGAAAGGCAAACCUGCUUGCUGGGGCGAAGAUGGUGACGAAGAUUCGGCCCAGGACACGCUGCGCUGAAAGGAUCACUCGAGGGUAGCAACAAAGUGUGAUAGAAGUAAUGGUGUGAACGAGACACUGCCUUCUACCAUUAUGCUCUCACUAAUGGCAUACUGUAGCACAGAGUUGCAAACAUCUUGCCCUUGUUGUUGUUCAGUCUAAUUUAGUGCGAUUUCAGCAAGCAUAUCAUCGCACCAUUAGAGAUCUUCGUGCUUGGCUGUCUUGUCGGGUUGAGGGCAGACUACGGAAAUGGAGAUGCAGCAAUUAGAACAUUGUUGCUCGAAUGCCGUCGACGUGCAGUGGGUAUCGUUAACAUACCUUGCAACGUGCGACCACACAUCCGGUCCUUGGCAGGAGUAAAGUCGUCGAAGAAGGUACGCGUCAGCUCGUCCUCGUACUCUCCGACAAAGUCGCUACACUGUAGUGAUGAAUCAUCAGCGUCUCUAAUAGAAACUGGAAAAAAGAAAUAAAGUCACCAGCAACGCAAGAGCACAUACCGCUGCACUCAGCAUUCGCUUGGCCUUGUGGUUGCUGUCCGGUAGCUCCAACGGGACCUGCUUGCAAACAUCAUCUAGAACCUCCAGGAUGCGAGCCUGUCAUGGAUGCAACAAGUAGCCAUGACGUAGUAUGAGUCAAGUGAGAUCAAAUAACUACGAUAAAUAAUGCAUUGAUGAUAUCAACAAACG